AUACAAUAGGAAGGGUCGGACAAAGCCAAGAUUGGUUGUCCGUCAGGCGGAUUGGGUAAUAACAAACCACCCACUUAUUUGUACCGAGAGUCAGAAGUUCGAAGUUUAACGGGGUAGAAGAAGCUAUGGGACUGCACUGAUACACACUGAUUCUUCGAGAUACUGUGCGAGCAUGAUCCUUCUGUAGAAUCUGGUUAUGUUAUGUUUAUGACAUUCGGCGUAAUUGCAGUUCGCCUGCAUCUGUGCUGCACAGGCAGUGUGGUCGGCUGGCUAGCUAGCUAGCUACAAAAGGGAAGUAGUGGCGUGUGGAGUAGAGGAGAGGGAGGUGUUUCCUCGGCUGGUGUGCUAGCUAGCUAGUUACCCAGCCAGGUAUCUAACGUUAUUUAAAUAAAUAGCUGUCUUGGGUAGCGGUAUCAUACAGUAGAACCCACGCCGUUAGCGUGGUAGGAAGUUAUUUUAUCUGAGUACCUUUGUAUAUUUUCUAUAUUUUCUAAUUGUGAUGUAGCGCGCAUUGUUCGCGUGUAAUGCGACUGCUGCCGUGUCCCGAGACGCUAGUUAGCUAGCUAGCUACCCAGCCGUGUAUCUUGCUUCCUCUUCCAAUUCAGCAAGCAGGCGUUCGCUGUGAAAAUAUUGUUUUAAUAAGGCACGACAUGUUCAAACUCGGUGCACUGCUGUAGUACCUUGCAUAUGAACGCAUAGUGCAUUACGCUCGGUUCUCUGCACUGCAUGUCAUUCAGGUGAUCGCUAGCUAACCUUCGUCUCCUAACUAGCUAGCUUUUACACUUGGGGCUGUUAACUAGCUUGCUGUUGAGCUUGCUACAGAAUAGCUAUGCAGGCGAAGCAUAGGGUCGGGAUGAAUAGAUAGUGCAAGUUGCAUUCAGAAUUCCUUUUGGGAUUUUCAGUGGUUGCCUAUCGGACUUGCCUUGAAGGCAGAUAUUUGAAAUAAAAAAGAAUGAAGAAGUUUUCUCGCAUGCCAAAGUCCGAGAGUGGUGGGCUCGGUGGAGGAUCCGGAUCGGGGUCUGGUUCUGGAGUCGGCAACUACAUCGGGAAGGUGUUCUGUGUCGGCCGAUACCAGGUCACCGUGGAAGAACUUAUUGCAGAAGGGGGGUUUUCCGUGGUCUUCCUGGCCCGGACUCACAGUGGGGUACGAUGUGCCCUAAAGCGGAUGUACGUGAACAACGUCCCGGACCUGAACAUCUACAAAAGGGAGAUCACGAUCAUGAAGGAGCUGUCGGGUCACAAGAACAUAGUGAGCUACCUGGACUCUGCCAUUAACACGGUGGGGGACAGCGUGUGGGAGGUGCUCAUCAUCAUGGAGUACUGCAAAGCUGGCCAGGUGGUGAAGCAGAUGAACCAGCGUCUCCACACGGGAUUCAGCGAAGUCGAAGUCCUCCACAUAUUCUGUGACACGUGCGAGGCGGUGGCUAGGCUACACCAGUGUAAAACUCCGGUCAUUCAUCGGGACCUGAAGGUUGAAAAUAUUCUGCUGAACGACCAGGGGAACUACGUCCUGUGUGACUUUGGAAGUGCCACACACAAAGUUCUGCUACCGCACAAGGAUGGAGUAACUGCGGUGGAGGACGAAAUCAAAAAGUACACGACACUCUCCUACCGUGCCCCGGAGAUGAUCAAUCUUUACGGAGGGAAAGCCAUCACCACUAAAGCCGACAUAUGGGCCCUCGGAUGCUUGUUGUACAAGCUGUGCUUCUUCUCCCUUCCUUUUGGGGAGAGUCAGGUUGCCAUAUGCGAUGGAACUUUCAUUGUUCCGGAUAAUUCCAAAUUCUCCUUCAAGUUGCACUGCUUAAUCAGAUACAUGCUUGAGCCGGAACUAGAAAAGAGACCGGACAUCUAUCAAGUCUCCUACUUUGCCUUCAAGUUGGCUGGAAAAGAUUGCCCCGUGCCAAACCUGUUUAACUCCCCUCUUCCCACAUCACUGCCUGAGCCUCUGACCGCCAGCGAGGUCGCUGCUAAGAAGAACAUGACGAAAGCCAGGAUAACGGACUCGGUGGGGCCCACGGAAACCUCCAUCGCCCCGAGACAGAGACCGAAGGCGGCCAACAGCAACGUCGUCCUGCCCAUACACAACGCCGUGACGCCCGUGAAGAUGACCGUCCCCGCCGCGGCCGAGAGCAACGGGCAGAGAGGGCCGGCCGCUGGGAACGGACACCCCGCUGCGCAGCCGCAGGGAGGCAGCCAGCAGCACCGCGUCCUGCAGCAGCUGCAGCCGGGGGACCUGCGACUGCAGCAGCUGCAGCAGCAGCAGCAACACCAGCAGCCGCAGCAUCCGCAACAUCAACCACCGCAGCAGCACCAUCAGCAGCAUCAUCUCCCGCAUCAGCAGCCGUCAAAUCUGCAGCACCUCCAGUACCUACAACAGUAUCAGCAGGCCCUCCACAUGCAGCAGCAGCAGCAGCAGCAGCAGCAGCAGCAGUUGCUCCAGCAGCAGAUGAUGAUGCCGCCCGUCUAUCAGCAGCAGGCCCAGUACGCAGUCAUGAUGCACCAGUACCAACAAGCGUUUGCACAGCAGCAACAACAACAACAGCAACAGCAUCUCAACCAUCAGCAGCAACAGCAACAGCAUCUCAGCCAACAACAGCAGCAACAGCAUCUCAAUCAGCAGCUCCCUUAUCUCACCUCCCCGCUGGAGUUCCAGCCUCCCCUGGGGACCUUGGCCCCGGCCGGGACCGCCCACCUGGGGCCCGCCCCGGUAGAGCCUCCAUUCACUAACCCCAGAAACCCCCUCCUGAACACAGAGGCGAUCACCCCUCCCCACCCGACCGUCAGUAACCCCCCGGACAUGUCCAGGUGGAACCCCUUCGGGGAGGACAACUUCUCCAAGCUGACCGAGGAGGAACUGCUGGACCGAGAGUUUGACCUUCUUAGAGCAAAGAAACCGGUGGAGAGAGCGGUGAGCGCCGACACCGGAGCGGGGAGGCAGGUCUCCCUCAGGCCCGUCCCCGAGGACCUUUUUGGCUCCGUCCCGUUCCUGGCCAACCCAGUAGGUGGCAGUGUGACGAGUCCGGAGCAGCUGAGUGAGGAGCCCACCGCGCCCCCGGUGAUCCUCGCACUGGAGGAGCCCCUCCCACCGGCCAUCAAGGAGCACAAACCCCUCAAGAGGAGCUGCGCGGCCGGGCCGCCAGCCCGCAAGGCGGGGGGGGAGGAGUCCGACAGCGACUUUGAGUCGGACCCGCCGUCGCCCAAGAGCAGCGAGGAGGACGAGCCGGAGGAGGACGAGGGUCUGAACAGCGAGCACGGCGACUUCAACGACGACACGGAGCCUGAGACCCUGGGCCAGCGGCCGCUGCUCAUGGACUCUGAGGACGAGGCGGAGGAGGACGAGGACAAGCACAGCUCCGACUCCGACUGCGACCAGAGGAAGGCCAAGACGCGGCCGGGCCGGCCGGCAGGAGGUGAAGUCGCCACCGCGGCGGGAGCUGCCGGGACCAAACCCGGCCCCAGCCUGGUCACCCCCCCCGCCUCGCCCGGCGCGCCGGCCCCGGACCCCGCCGGGGGGGAGGUGGACGUGUUCGGGGCCGUGCCCUUCCUCGGCGGGGGCCAGACCCCGAAGGCGGGCCCCGAGGGAGCCGACAUCUUCUCCAAGGCCCCGUUCCGGCAGGCCAGCCAGGAGCAGGCCAUGGACGAGUUCGACGUCUUCACCAAAGCGCCCUUCAGCCGGAACCUGUCCCGGACCAGUAAGAGCGGCGACGCCCCCGCCGGGCAGACCCCCCCCGUCUCCCCCGGCAGCGUGGACGUCUUCGGCUGCUCCCCCUUCCAGCCCAGCCACCCAGCGGCGCCGCCCCCCCAGUCCCAGGGCGGGGAGGACGUCUUCGGCCCGGGAACCUUCGAGGAGUCGUGCAGCCCCCAGCAGCAGAAGAACAAGCAGCGCAGCCUCCAGAAGCUCACCUCCCGCCAGAGGCGCACCAAGCAGGAGAGCGCCGGCGGCAACGGCAAGCGGCACCACGGCACCCCCACCGGCGGCAGGAAGAGCGGCAAGCCCAGCUACCGCACCCCCGAGCGGGCCCGCCGCCACAAGAAGGUGGGCCGGAGGGACUCGCAGAGCAGCAACGAGUUCCUCAGCGCCUCCGACUCCAAGGAGAACAUCAGCGUCGGGGCCAGGGGCGACGGCAAGGACAAGGGCCCGUCCCUGCCCGCCGAGGACGCCCUGCUGGACCCGUUCGGCGCCAAGCCCUUCCACCCGCCGGACGGCGGCCGCCACCCCCAGCACCAGGGCGACCUGAACCCGGCCGGCGGCAGGUCCCGGACCAGCUCCCUGCACGGGGCCUUCGCGGACGGGAACAAAAUGGACGACUUUGGCGCCGUGCCCUUCACGGAAAUGGUGGUCCACGGCGGGACGCAGCAGCAGCAGCAGCAGCUUCCCCCGCAGGUGGAUCUGGACCCUUUUGGAGCCGCCCCCUUCCCUUCCAAACAGUGAAUGUCUCGUCUUCCAGCACACAUUCACACACACGCACCGUGGUGUUAUGCAAAGCCUGUGAAAUCCCGCGACGGAAUCCUCUAGGCCCGUGGCUUUGCGAUUCGCCUACUGCCCGCAUCCAAAUUAGCUGGUGAUACUCGCUAACGAACGAGGACUUAAAGAUGCUUUUUUUAAAAACUAUUUUAAUACGUAACGGACUUGGAGUUGAGGAAGAAUCCUGUGGAGUAUAGAUGAUCUAUUCUAAAUUUGAUAUGCAUUACCUUUAGCCUGUACCUGUUCGCUAAAGAGCCUCGUAUGCUGCAUUAAUUCAUUUUGUUCUGGAGACGUUUGCCAGAGACCUUGUCCUUAACUUUGAAAGGAUGAAUUCCACUCAGAUUGUACUGUGAUAAUGAGCUUGCUCCAUCGUCAACUGUUCGAGUGGCUGCCAAGCUCUGUGUGUGUAGGCUUCCUACGUGAUCUGCCAAUAAGAUGAAUUUCACACCGCAAAGCCUUAUGGGUAAAGUCCCACCCUGCUGCACAGUACAGUACCUCUGAACCAUCACGCUGAACUUGUGCAUAUAUCUUGGCUGAAUGAUGCUUCAGCAUAGGCCUUUAAAGUUUUAUUUCGCCUAUUUAGACUUAACAUUUUCUAUGUAUAUUUUUACAUUUAGGAAGUCAGAUACUCUCUUGUAUUUCAGUACAUAGAAGCAUUUCGCUGUGGUGAAAAUUUGUAUUGCAUCUUUUUUUUUCUUGAAUACUAGAAUGAAAGGGAUUUUUUUGUUGUUUUUAUUCCUAAACAGUUAGAGCUGUCACCAGUGACAUUCUAAUACGGAGUCUUUACAAACUGUAAUUUUAAUAGGAUUUCGCUGUUAACAGUUGAAAAAAUGUGGGUAAGGAGUACUGCUCAUUUUGAAUUUUGCUGUGAUCUUUUUUAAACCAAAUAAAAUCACAGUAUUACAGAUCAUAGAUUAAAUGUGAAGUUUUAUAAUGUAGCAAUAUGAAAUGAAAAUCCGUGUAGUUAUUUGGGACUACAAGUACUGCCAAUUCCUUCUGUUGAUGCCGAUUAACCAGACUACCAUUGUCAAAGUAACUUGGCAACAGCCAUUCAUUACGAAAAGGGAAAUGAACCUAAAUUACGCUCUCAAGAUCAGACGGAUGUAAGAAAGGGUGACAAAACCUCCCGGAUCAAAAUUAUACCAAUUAAGUGCACUUUCCACAUUUUACGCUUCCGUUUGAUUUUCUUUUGUACUUGAAAGAAAAGGAGAAAAACGGUUAUGGCUUAUCUGGAUUUUCAGGUUUGGCUUUCCCAUGCAUUUACUAGCCCUAAGCCCAUUAAGGCUAAUACGGCAGUCUUAUCUUUUUUCCCUCUACUCCUAACAGUCCUAUUGAAUUCUUUUUUUUUUUUUUUUAGUGGCAUAGCUUUUUAAAAAAAUUUUUUUUACAGUUCUAACAGACGUUUCCCCCCUUUUGUUAUAUUUAUGUUGUACUGCUGUCUAAAAAAUGCAAUAAAGAGGAUGGAUUCGUUAAAAAAAGUUUUCUGUCAUAGGGCUGGGUACUGUCGCCUUCUUCACGAAGCAAUACGUUUCCCGGUAAGGUUUCACGAUACAAACAUUGCUCAUUCAGUACCAUUUUGGAAGAACCGCAGUCACUUGGUUGAGGGGUUUGUUAGCACACUGGUGCGGUGUCACAGGUGCUAGCCGUUCGGUCAUUUUGAUAAGGAAUUUGUUUGAAUGGUUGAACUAAUUGAAUUUAUAAGAAAUGUGGUUUAGAAUAAAAACAGCUGUAAUGUUUCAA